AUGGAGAGCCCGCACGAGCAUCAACAGAGUCUCCUGCUCUCCCGUAUCAUCACCAACGUGGAGAAACUGAACGACGCUAUCAUGGUCCUGAACAAGAGCCUCCAGGAGAUCAACGUCCAGAACAUGAAUGUGGAGCUCGUGGCUCAGAUGUUGAAGAACUACCAGUCGAAUGUGCUUUUUCAUCUUGAAGCCACCGAUAGUCUGAAGGAGCCAUCAUGA